AUGGCCGAGCAACGAUAUGGACAGGAUAGACCAGUCUCAGAUCCGUCAGUACUGGGUCGGCCUCUUGAGCUGACCUUCUCCAAGCGAAAGGCCAAGAACAGAUUCCUGAAGGCCGCUAUGACUGAGAGGCUCAGCUCCUGGAACCCCAAGGACCUGAGCAAGCGUGGCAUUCCGACUCCGGAGAUUAUCAACGCCUACAAGUGGUUCGGCGAAGGCAGCAUCGGAACUAUCCUGACGGGUAAUCUCAUAGUCGACGCCGUGAACAUUGAGGGCGCCGGUAACCUCAUCAUCCCGCCAGAUGCCCCAUUUGAAGGACCCCGGUUCGAGGCCUACCAGCGUCUUGCCUGGGCCGGCAAUCACGACGGAAGCUUGAUCCUCGGCCAGCUCUCACAUGGUGGCCGACAAGUUCAGAGCCGCUUCCAGCCCCGCCCUGUCUCGGCCUCGGCUGUCCAUCUCGAUAAGGAUGUGUGGGGCAUGAAGUUUGCCAGACCGCACGCUGCUAGUCACGAUGAAAUCAAGGACAUCGUGGAGUCAUUUGCCCACGCCGCCGAGUAUCUGUACCACGCUGGAUUCGAUGGCGUACAGCUACAUGGAGCUCACGGCUACCUGCUGUCCCAGUUCCUCUCUCGCAGGACCAACCAACGCGUCGACGAGUACGGCGGUUGCAUCGCCAACCGUGCGCGUAUAAUUGUGGAAAUCGUCUCUGCAAUUAGAGAACGGAUUCCCCUCGCCAGUGGGUUUGUUCUCGGCAUCAAGCUCAACUCGGUGGAGUUUGAUGAGAAGGGCUUUACACCCGAAGAAUGCGGCGAACUGUGCGUGCUUCUCGAGAAAGAGUGCCAAUUCGACUUUGUCGAGCUCUCCGGCGGCACCUACGAGGACAUGGCGUUCGAGCACAAGCGUGAAUCGACUAAACAGCGCGAGGCCUUUUUCCUCGAGUUUGCCGAAGCCAUUGUGCCGAGGCUUGAAAAGACGAAGGUUUUUGUCACUGGAGGACUUUUGACUGUCAACGCCAUGGUGAAGGCACUGGAGGUGGUCGACGGGAAGAUUGACAGACAGGACUAUGGACUGACUGAGACGGUGGCGGGAACGCAAAUCCGGCAGAUGGGCAGGAACCAAGCCCCCAUGGACCUGACCAAGGAAGAUGUGGUGGAGGCUUUCCUGGAGAGCACCAGCAAGUGGGAGAAGGCAUUGGAAGAGGACGGGGAUAAAUCAGAGGUCUACGGCUAUGUUGAUGUGGAGGGUGUAGAGUUGGCUCCGAUGAGCAACGGUGACAACACCUGUAAGCUAUAG